AUGAAUACUACUAAAGUGGAACUUCACAUCAAAAGUUCAAACAAACUCUCUACAUCACCAGAACUAAACUCAGUCCUCGUUGUUGUCCAGACCAGACUCGAAGAGAUCUCUGUAAACCAAACAACAGGUCAGUACCAAACCCUACGGUCCACUAGGUUUACAACAUCUUUUGUCGACACUAUCAACCUCCAUAGUUCUAGUGUCCACGACAUCCGAUCACUUCUCGAUAAUCGAAGAUCCGCUAACUACCAUGGGUUGUCGGAUCGAUUAGCGCCAGAGAUCUCAGCGGCUGCAAUCAACUUAGGUUUUGGACGCAACGGCUUUACCUUGACCUUGGAGGUCAAAGUUACUUACCAGACCGUCUCGUAUACGUCGAACGAAGAGAAAUAUUUGAGGAUGGUUCUAUUAGGGAGGAUCAAAUCAGAUGAGUUGAAGAGUUCGAACAUGGAAACAGAGUCGUGUUCCAUCUGUCUCGAGAAUCUCUCCGGUCCGAUGAAACCUAGCGACUUCAUGACACGCAUGACUUGUUCCCAUGUCUUCCACUAUCGCUGUCUCUUGGAAUGGCUCAAGCGUAAAAACACUUGUCCCUUGUGUCGGACUGUGCUCUACGAUCCAUGA